AUGGCGGCACGUGUCGUCGGUUUUGCCAAAACUAUCAGAAAUAACUGGAAAAAGUCCCUUUUUGCCAGUGGUUUGAUUGCAUGGGGUGGGAAUUUUGCAAAGCAGAAAUACCAGGAAGAAGAACUGCGGAGAAAAUAUUGUGCAGAAGCGAAGAAAUAUGGUGAUCAGCCAGUCCUUCCUCAUGAGAAACCCAGAAAGGUGACUGUGUUUCUGAAUCCGGCGGCAAGAAGCGGGAAGGCUAGGAAGUUAUUUGAGAAGAAUGUUGCCCCCUUACUUCACUUGGCCGGUUUUGAGGUCGGCAUUGUGAAAACUGAAUAUGAAGGCCAAGCCAAGAAGUACAUGGAUGUCCUGGAGAAUGCUGACUGUGUUAUGGUAGCUGGAGGGGAUGGAACACUCUUAGAGGUUGUGACUGGUCUCCUCAGAAGAUCAGACAAGCUUUCCCAGCAGAUUCCCGUUGGUGUCCUUCCCCUUGGGAACGUAAGCUCCUUUGCUGGUUUGUUGUUCGGUUACCGGGAGGAGAAGGAACUAGUCCAGUGGUUGAUAGAUGCUACCAUGGCUGUCAUAAAAGGAUCAACGAAACCUGUCAAUGUUCUCUCUGUCAAGGGAAAAGAUGAUAAAACUGUGUAUUCAGUGAGUGGUAUUGAAUGGGGUGCUUACAGAGAAGCAGAAAAGAAGAAGAAAAAAAACUGGUAUUUUGGUAAAUUCAAGCAUCAUUACAAUUACUUGAAAUAUUCCAUAAAGCAGCAGUGGCCACCAGAGGUGAAAGGGGAGCUAGUCUAUGGGAACCCAUGUUCAGGGUGUAGUGCAUGUCGGCCAGCGCCAGAGUGGAGAUGGUGGCAUGUGCUAUUCAAGCCCAGGUUUGAAGAUUUUACCAAGAUUAUCAAUGAAGACUGUGGUGUUCAGUAUCAUAAAGAAGUCAAUGGAGUUCAGUUCACGGCCAGAUCAAAUAAUUAUUUUCAAAAUGAGAAUGAAGCAAGUACAGAGAUCAGCAUUUCACCAGUAUUAGAGCGUAAAGACUUCUUAAAGGAAGGUUUCUCAAAACUGGACAAAAAGCCCUACAGAGACAUAACUAGCAAUAGUGACGUGUUGACGGUUGGAAGUUUUAAGUUUACACCACAUCUGAAAGAGGAUGAAGAAGCUUGGUUCUAUAUAGACAAUGAGGAGUAUGAUGCAAUGCCGAUAGAAGUGACAGUUUUAAAGAAUGGAAUCCAUGUGUUUUAUGACCCACAAGGAACUGGACCAUCAUGAUUAGCAAGGAUGUCAGGUGGAUCAACAUGUUUAAUAUGAGGAGCAGGCAGUGGAAGAAACAUUUUGUACUGUAGAGUGUAUCAGAAUCUCGUUUCAGUACAAUCAAUUGGAGAAUACGAUGGGAAC